CUUUUUACCUCCCCCGUAAAUGUAUUUAUUCAAUUAUUGUGAAGGGAGGGUUGAAUUGUUAUGAUUGGCAGAAUGAGGAUAUUUGGCAUGGACGUCGCAAUGGAGAACUAAGGAAAUCGUCGUCAAAUUUUAAAGCACAAUUGAAAUGAAACCAAAAAAGUGAACCGUAACAACUUUGCAAAAGUAAUGGACUUCUUAACUCCAGCUGAAGUUUCAACUACGACGACGAUUUUAAACAAGCGACAAAGGUGCUUGCAGUGGACAGUGGCGAAUGUCUGGAAACAUCCUUUCAUAAAACUUCUUUUCACUCUACCUGUGGUUUUACUCAUUUGUAGAACUUUAAUGCCAAACUACUUUUCAUUUACUGUCACAUAUUUCAAAAUAAUAGUUGACAUGGUGAACAAAGAUUUACAUCGGACUCAAGAUAUAUUUCGGCAGGAAGCAGAGCUUGUGUGGAACAAUCAUCAACUUCAAAAGCGAUUUAUGCAGAAAAUAUGUAAGGAAAAGAAAAUUUCAAAGAAGCACUUUAUUUGGCUUGUUUCUCUGUCCUCUGACAACGUUCUUCCAGGAGCUAUUACUGUUGCUCAUUCCAUCAAAAAGAUCUCUUGCUACACAAAAAUCGGUGCUCUGGUGACGUCAGAAUUGAGCAAUGUCACAAGACAAGUGUUAAAAAAGGUUGGCUAUGAAAUAUUUGAAGUAGAAUCCUUGGAUUGUAACUGGAUGGAAAGAAAACUUGGCUUGAAACCAACGGAUUCGGGUAUUCCGGGUACUCACACGAGAUUUCAAGCUUGGUCUUUACUUCAGUUUGAUAAGAUCGCCUACGUGGAUAUCGACUUUAUGCAACUGACCAAUAUGGAUGAAAUAUUUGAUAUGCCUGGGGAUCUUUCAGCCGUUUACUGUUCACGGCCGGGAGUUGUCGAUCCAUGUUUCAAUGCUGGCUUAGCUGUGCUAAGGCCAUCUAUGGAAACACGAGCUGGAUUGAUGGCAAAGUGGGAGGAACUGACGUCAGUUAUAGGAUGCAUCAGCGAUCAAGUCGUCAUGUGGUACUUCUUUGCAUUUGCCGGACGUUGGAACCCUUUGCCAUAUUCGUACAACGUACGCAGAAAACUUUAUUAUCCAAUGAAAGCUUAUCAUUUCGCUGGCUACGGUGUAACCCCUAAACCUUGGGAUAUGAAGAAACCACCCACUAAGAAAGAGGCUUUUGAGUUUCCUGGUCCAGCGACAAAUCGAGAUCACAUGAACAUUCUAUGGUGGCAAUUAUUCUACGAUGCACUGGAUGAAUACAAUCUUCACAUGUGGUGGAAAUCCACGUGAGUAUUCACGUGUAGCAAGAAUGACCGAUGAAAUUUAUCACGCGUCACAGGAAUGCCUCGUGUAAAUUUUUAUACCCAAUCGAAGAGAAUCGCCGACACAAUUGGUUUAUAAUACUUUAAGGGUUUGUCAUCCAUCACUUCCAAUAACACCUUCGUUAUUAUGUUGAUUUUAUUUAAAUUUUGCAUUUGAUUUUUCACACGAAUGACAAUAAAAAAUACCAAUUUACACAUACACGUUCGCUUGUACUUUACAAAAUGUUACAGGUCAUAGUAAGGAUGUGACAUAAAAACACGUUCUCAUUUAAAUCCUUUUAGCCACCUCCCUGAAAACUCAGCAUUAAAAUAUAAAAUGAAUUUUUAUGAUUUCUCGGAUAUCAAUAAAAAAGUCUUUUUACUUGAA